CGUGGAUAAGUACAGAUAUGUUUACUUUGUACUCUUGUUGAUGCUCUACGUUCUCAUCCUCUGCUGUAAUUGCACCAUUAUUUGUCUCGUCUGGAUUCACAGGAACCUUCACGAGCCCAUGUAUAUUUUCAUCGCGGCUUUGUCUCUUAACUCGCUUUUGUUCAGCACGGCUAUCUACCCCAAACUCAUUGCGGACGUCAUUUCUCACAGGCAGAGCGUUUCUCACUCCGCUUGUAUGUUGCAGUAUUUCAUAUUUUAUUCGCUAGCAGGUUCGGACUUCUUGCUGUUGUCGGCCAUGGCUUUUGACAGGUAUGUGUCCAUCUGCAGGCCUCUGCAUUAUGCAGCCACCAUGAGCACAACCAGUGUCGCCGUCUUCUUGGCCGGGGCCUGGUUUCUGCCUGCCUGCCACGUAUUGGUGGCAACUGUCAUCAGUGCAAAGCAAAAAAUGUGCCGCUUUGUAUUAGCGGGAAUCUUUUGCAACAAUUCCAUUCAGAAACUUCAAUGUGCCAAACCGAUGUUUCUCACUGUGUGGGGUUUGUUUGUUCUCACAAAUAUUACUCUCAUCCCUGUGCUGUUUAUUCUCUUCACGUACAUAAAGAUAUUUCUGGCGACCUAUCGAAGCGGCGGGGAAGUCCGGAAAAAAGCAGCCGAGACGUGUUUACCCCACCUGAUGGUUUUAAUCAGCUUCUCGUGUUUGUGUGGUUUUGACGUCAUCAUCGCACGACUGGAGACGGAUCUUUCAAAAACUGUGCGGCUGAUUAUGAGUCUACAAAUCGUGGUGUAUAAUCCUUUGUUCAAUCCGAUCAUAUAUGGAGUGAAGAUGAAAGAAAUCUGGAAACACAUCAAGCGGUUGUUAUUGUGCGGAACGCAUCCAAGAAGUCAAAUGUCUUUGUCAAAGUAGUCUUUUUUGCUGUUUUUUUGAAUUUGUGAAACUGUGCUGAGCCGACGUGUGUUGUUUACUGUUUUUGUAGAA